AUGACCGGUGUCACCUUGACAUUCCUGUUCAGCAUAUCACUUAGGGUCAUGUCGUCUCCACCGAGGUAUUCUGACCCGGAAGACGAUGAGCGUCUAGACGAGUCGCACCUUCUGCUCAAGACUCCUGCCAAAUACGAUACAGCGACAACAACAACAUCAUCAUCAUCGACUCACUCGUAUCCUCCAACGAGUAGAACCAGGCCAGAAGAUCAUCAACGAUCCUCUGAGUUCGAUGCCCCAGGGGUCAUCUACGUCUACACACCUGCGGGCGGGUCCAAGCGGCGAGUGAUGAGUAUCCUUCCGAGGACCAAAGCUGAAACCAUUGAAAAGGUGCAAAAUGCUUUCCCUCUGCUGGCCGAUGUAAAUCCCAAUAGGAUACAAUUUGAAACGCUCGUCAAUCCUGGCUCGCCAAUCGUUGAACAGAGAUGGGCUAUUGUUCUGGACGAAGCGUGGGCAAAGUUGGUGGAAAGUAAGCCAGAGACGUUGAUUUUGAGUCUUCUGGCGGAGCCUUUGGAUCCAGAAUCCGCAGGGGCAGCCUUGAAGAAAACGAAACGACGGACAACCAUGAUACGUUAUGGAUUCGUGGCGGUUCUAUCGUUCUUCGCCGGUGUAGUCUUCAUGGCUGCCACUCGAGGAGAUGCUGCAUCCACGCCAGACGCCAUAGAGGGGUCAUGA